AAUUGAGGCGAUAACAUGGCGGUCGCUCUCUACACCGCAACCUGAGAGCUCGUAUUAUUUUCUCUCGUUUUCGGUCCCGUGUUGCAUUACGACGCGUGACGUACCUGUCGGUUAAUACUUGCAUGCAUCUCCUGUGGCCACCAAAAUGCGACAAACGUCCCCAUCCCAGGAUUUGGAGGCCCGCUUCUCCGUCUUCCUCAACCCCAUUCGUGACCUGACCAAAAACUGGGAAGUGGACAUAGCAAAGUAUCUAGAGGAGUAUCUUGAGGAACUGGCAGAAGUACAAAUUACUUUCGAUGGAGGGGAAACGAUGAUGAACUUUGCUGAGGCGGCCAUGUUGAUUCAGGGCUCAGCCACAGUGUACAGCAAAAAGGUGGAGUUCCUCUGGCAGAUGGUGCUGCAAAUGUUGGACCUGCUCUCCAGUCGGCGGAGUGUGGAGAUGGGUGGUCCAGCAGGGAAAGACCUAGGGGGAGGGGCAGGAGGCAAGUCCAUUCUUGAUGCGAGCAUUGAGUUUCAGUCCGUGGAUAACAUCAGGGAGGGACGGAAUAUCAACAUGCGUGAGGAGGACGAACUGGAGGAAGAUGACGACUAUCGCCAUAAAAACUUCAAAAGAGGGAUGGCUGUGUAUAACGUGGGCUCAGCUCAGCAACCCAGGUAUAUUUGGAUCAGUCGAGAGAAGCGAAGAUUCAUGCCGGCCACUCCCCUUCACCUGGUGGAGAAGGAAGGUGAAAAGUCCCAGUACCGUAUCAACCUGCUGAUGAAGAAUAGCGAGAUGUUUGGCACUAAAGAUGACUUCAGAAUCAACCGGUCAUAUGUCACGCCCAUGGGUAUGCUGUGCCUCGAGGUGCCGGCCGAGAUCCUGCGCGAGGCAGCCAACGUCCUCUUUGUCUCCCCGACUGUCCCUGAGCCUCAAAAGGAAAAUGCAGAGGCAGGGGAGAGGCUCACAGAACCUGAGAGCGACAAGGAAAUCCCAGUCACCCCAUUGGAUCCCCCUGCAGCUGAGCUUUUCCCACCCGUGCCUGACGUGCCUCUGGGACCCGUGGAAGCAGAAGCAGAUGAUGAUGUCGGCAUUGAUGCAGAUGACGGGGCAGUGGACUUGGACGACGACCUGGGACCGGCCAUACAGGAGGAAGAGCAGCCCAUGGAGGUGGAGAAAGAGGGAGAAGAGAAGAAGGACAAGAGUAAAGAUCAGGAGAACAUCAACAACAACUUGACAGUCAUUGACCUCCCCAAUGGAAGGUAUGGGCUAAGACGGCGAGGAGGGCAGGAGAAGGAAGUUGUUGCAAAGUUAAAGUUAACAGACACCUGGAAGCCACAAGACCCCCAUGCAGUGACCCCUGCCAAGCGGCCUAUAAGAGCAGGGCGCCUGCGGAAGCCCCUGCCUUGCACCUGUCACCGGACUACCCCAUCCCGAUCUCGUCCAAAGAAGGCAAAGAACAAAGAGAAUAAGGAGAACACAGAAGAUGCUGAGAAGAAGGUGGAGAAGAGUCUUCCAUCCAUUGAGACCUUUGUCACAAAUGGCAUAGUGGAUACAUCCAGCAAAAACAGGAAGGUACCUCUGGAGCUGCAGGAGGAGGCGGAGUCAGAGGCUGCGAAGAGGCUAGAGUUGAGCAAGAAGAAGAGAGUGAAGGAGCUGCUGAAGGAGGGCAUUGCAGCUGACCCAGAAGAGGCAGCCCAGAAGGUGUUGGAGGAAAACCAGGAGAAGCAGAGAAUAGAGAAGGAGCUGGAUGACCCUGUCGACUGUGAUGGAGUAGCUGACUUAGAUUUCGAUGAUCUUCCUGCACCUCCCAUGUUCCUCCCUGAACCCCAUGAUGGCACGAGAGACGUUGAAGGGGGUAGUGGAAAUAAGAGAUUGAACGAGAGUCAGUUUGAUGAGCCAGGGAGCGACUAUGAAGCCCUUGUGCAAAAGUGGGUUGCUGAUUACAUCACUACUGCCCAGGGUCAAGUGAAUUCCUCAGAACUUGCAAGAAGAGUUAACAAAUGGAGAGACAAUAUCACCCCUAAAUUAAAUGAAGAAGAAGAGAGAAAAACAUUUGACAUACAUAGCUAUGGAUCACAGGUGCUAAGUUAUUUCCCAGAAAAUGGACGGAAGCAAACGGUGCCAUUUAGUCAGAUUGCCCAGAAUCAUGACUCAAAGGAAGUUUCUCGCCUGUUUCUUUCAUGUUUGAUGCUGGCGAAUACCUACAACAUCGAGCUGAGCGAAGAGGAGCCAGGAGACUUUGCCAUGGACUGUCUGCACCUGACUCUCCUGUCUCGAGUGAGGCAUCAUGAGGAGCUGGAGGAAUACGCAGCCCCUUCCCAAGCCUCCCCUUCCAGGCGAAAGGGACGAACCAAAGGCAAAUCAGCAACAGAGGAUGACCUUGACGUGUACCCUGGUGACCCUUCUCCCAUCUGUGCUGACAUAACUCAGAAAACUUUAGGUGACAACUUCCAAAUCAGUUCCAAACAGUCAAAGAAGGGUAAAGUGAAAACGAAGAGAUGACCAGAAUGACGAGUCAUUUUUCUUCCUCUCAGACUAAUCCUCAUUUCUCUCCAGUAUAAUUACAUAGUGAAGUACAGUGCCUUAUUUGAGAGUCUUGUAAUAAUCAUUAUUUUUCAUAUUUUCUUAAUAAUAAAUGCACAUAUGUAGCUGGUGUUUUUAAUUCCACUUUACUUUUUUUUCUCUCUCUCUAUCUCUCUCUUUCUCCCUCUCUUACUCUUUUGUUCUUUCUUUUCCUUAUAGCAGUAUAGCAUAUAGCAGCUGAAAUUUUAACAGGGUUGAAUAUAUAAAUGUUUUAUAUCUGCAAUGAGUGAGACAAUAAGUAUUCCAGGGUUACAUGCUUUUUGCACUUGAUAUUUAAACGUUUAUUUUGAAGUUAAAGGAUAACAAUAAUAAACUUCUGGUUUUGAUUGCUCAAGACUUACAGAAUAAGUUAAUUAACAAAGCUGUACAAUUUAGUGUACAAAAAUUUCUUCAUGGAUAGGGGGACAAAAAACAACAUCUUAAAGGAAUUUAAAUUUUUCAGGAGGAUACGGUUUUGAUUAUCCAUACAAAUAUUGCCUUGUCACUGAUAUGUAAUCACAGUAUUAGAAUUCAUUUAUUUGUGAUUAAUGCAAUAACCCAUAGACAUCGGCUGUCCUUAUACCAGAUGUAUUUCAGUACUUUCUUCACACUCCCCCCCUCCAAAUGACUGACUCUAAAUAAAGAAAAUUUAGGGAUUUCCAGUCUCAUACAGUACUUCAUUUUAUAACUGAUAGGACCAUAUUUUUCAAACCGUUUUUUUGUUUGUUACAUAAGCAAUAUCUAAAUCAAAUGCCCCAUUUUUUUUACAAUGUAAUCUCAGUUUCCCUUUUCUCUGUUUUUAAUUUUGACUCCUUGGUAAAGAUAAAUUUCAUGUGUUUUUACAGAAGCUCUUUAUUUUUUUAAUUGUUAUUAUCAUCUUUACGGUUUUAUUUGGUAUUUCAGUGCGUAAUUAAUCUGGCUUGAAAUUAUACUUUUAAGUGUUAAGGGGGCUCAGAUAAAAUUCUAUUGUAAAUCUGGUAUUAAAAUUCUAUACUAUGCAUAUAAGUAAAUAAAUGUUCAUGUCAUUAGAAAUAGAUUUGAGGAUUUCUUUUGUACUUCUCUCUAUAGUGUGAUCAAGGCAUACCUGUACAUAAAUAGAAAAACUGUCUUGAGAUAUUGGCAACUAAGAUUUACAUACAUACGAAUGAAGAAUUUAUGCAGCAUACACAUUUUACCUGAUUCUUUUUAGCAGUACAGCAAGUCAUACUCAAAUUGUGAUUGUAAAGCAAAAAUAGUAAAAUAGUUAUAAUUCUAUUUUUUUAGUGUUGUUAUAUUUCAGGGUCUUCUGUGAAGCCCAAAAAGAAAAUACAGUCAUAGGAAAUAAACACAAAACGCUUUAUCCAAAAGCAGUAAUCAUGUGUGUAUUUACAUGCAAAAUUAUAUUUUCAUUGUAUGCUAUAUUUCUUCACUUUUUUUCAGUGUAAAGAUAUCCUUCCAAAGUUUAUUCAUAUUAAUAGUUUAUCUACCUUUAUUUUGGAUAUAUUUCAAUGUUAGCCCAAUACUUAUUUAUAUAUAAAGUUUCAGAGUAUUUAAUUUUCUUUGGUAAAGUAUAUGCUAAAGUUUACUUCCCAGUACAAAAAAAAAGAAGAAGUUAAUGAUGCAUUUUUUGUUUCAUUCCAUGUCAGCUUUAUAAACAGCUAGAAUGUAAUACAGUUUCUUAAGCGGAAAGAACAUUGAAAUUUAUAAAAAUUCGGAAAAGUAUCACUUACAACAUAACCAAGAAAAAAUAUGUAAUGAGUGUUAAAAAAAAAAAAAUUGGAGAUGAGGUUUUAUGGUGUAAUCUUUUAUUUCCUGUUUUUAUUAAUUUAUUAUGGUAUGUAGUGUGGUUAUGGAAUCAACCCAAGGUAUAAAUUGUAUUAUAUGAACCAAGUCUUGUACCUGAACUGCCAAUGUUUAUAUAAUAUUUGUUUAAUACAGAUAUUUACCUAUUUCU